AUGUCUGUUCAGCUAUCUCCAGAGCUCGAAUUAGAAGUGGAUCGCAUAAGACAAAUAGAAAAUGACAACCGAGAUGUGGUCGAGAGCUUUCGAUGGUUUGACAACCGUGACUCCGAUCUUGAUGACCUUAUGCUUCCUGAAAAUAGAUACGAAUUAGGGGAAUCCGAGUCAUUAACCUUCCUCUACAACUUGUUAUACGACGAGGAAUCCAUACUAUCAAAAGCGGAUAUACUCCGCAUUCUCACCUCUCUCAAAAGCAGGGAAGACACUUCGACAUUUUCCGUGGACUCGCUCGAACACUGUGAUGUUCAGGGCAUUCAGUGGCCGGCCCACUUGCGAGAAAAAUUCAUACUAGAUCGUGAUCGAGUCGGUUUGGAUUCGUGGUUUUACAGCAUUGAAAACCUGCGCCAGAAAGUCAGAGAAGUAAGUGAGAUCAUUUUUUUGGCUUUUCUUCAGUACUAA